AUGUUUCGUCUGUUCUGCUGUUUCAUCAGCUGCACCAAGAUAAGACCGUCUUCGCCUCAACCACAAGUGGUUGAAACGGGCAAGAAAAUUCCACCGUCUCCUCCUCCACCCAAAGGGGCGAAAAUGGAGAAGAAAAAGCCACGGCUGUCUCCGAGACUGCCAGUAAAGGCUUCAGGCCGUCGCAAACGCUAUGGAAAAGACGCUGGCGGUGUCGGAGGUUGCGGUGGUGGAUGUGGCGGUGGUGAAUGUGGGGGCGGCUGA